AUGCUCUUGCUACCUAGUGCAACGGACUACUGGUACGAAGAAGCUCAAGCAUACAUCGUCGACGGCAAAAGAUACAACUCUUGUUCUGCUGUGUACAAUGCUUCUACUUCCGUGACAGGUUUUCCAUCAAUGUCUUCCCCUUCCUUGGCUCCAGCCAGUGACGUUCGUCACCAGAUAUCUUCCACUGGUGCUGUUGAAGCCAUAAGCGCAGUUAAUUAUGACUCGUCCUACUGCUCCGCGCAGGGCCCUCUUGAUGUUCAUUUUUCUCUUUCAUCUUCUCGUCUUCUUGCUUCCACCUCAUAUGAGAAAGCUGAAUUGUCAUGCGCUGAGGACCGCACCUUCGUCAGCACUUCCAAGUCUUGGAGCGCAAUGCUUGACUCAAAAUUCGAUACGGACAGCCGGCUCCUCUCCUUUGUAUCUCAGCCGCUAUUACUUCCUCGUGCAGACUUACUCGACUCUCUGCCGUUGCUGUCUGAUGCGCCAGUCCGCCAGGUAGUCUCUGUGUCUGAACAUCUCUGUCAAAAUAGAUGGUCUUCUACUAUCCCUCUUUCAUCUCUCACAUUCCUAGGAACUCUUGGCAGUGGUGCUUCUGGAAAGGUCCUUCUGGCCGAACACCCAGCGCCAACUCCGGAUGCUGGGACGAGCGUGUUCGCGGUGAAAGUAUUACAGAAGAGUACGAUGUCUGACUUCGAUGUGCAUGAUCUACGACACGAGAUCGGAUUGCUGGCUACUAUUGCUAGAGAAGAUGAACUAGAAGAGGUUGGCAAGCAUCGGCCGUUAGGAUUGGAAUUCGUGCAGAGGACCUUUUGUAGCAUGCAGAAUACUGCGCAUGUCUUUAUCGUGAUGGAUUACCACCCUGUGCCACUCUCCCACCCAGACAUCCUCUACCAGCUGCGUCUGCGCUGGCCAACGACACCUCCGCUCUUGUCUGUCUCGGUAUCUCUGCCUGUCGCGUUCACUUCAUCUCGUUCAAUUACUCUCCCUCACGACGAAGCGCUGCACACUCUCCGUCUACUCUCAGCAGAGCUCGUUCUAGGCCUGGCAUUUCUGCACUCUCGGGGGAUCGUCCAUCAAGACCUGAAGCCGACAAACGUGAUGGUGUCCUCCGCUGGACAUGCAGUCAUCACUGACUUAGGUUCUGCUAAGUCCUUACCGCUUCUGAAAGACCCUGACGGCACCUGCGUUGCAUCGUCUUCAACCGCUUCGUCCGUGUGGACUUCAUCUUCUCUGAGUCGUAGUUCGGGCGACUAUCAGCCUAGGCGCUACCGUUCCAUCGUCGUACUGCCGCACGAGUCUGUUUCUUACACUCCUCAGUAUGCCGCUCCUGAGUUGCUGGGAAGCUACCCCCGGUAUGACCCGGACGAAGUGCUCGAGUACGACGAGAGAGUAGACUACUGGAGUCUCGGCAUCAUGCUGCGCCAACUAGCCACUGGGAAACCACCCCAAUUGGAUGAAGCCAACGACGCAUGGGAGAGGCUCAGCGAUGGAGAUACCCCGAAUACAGCCCCGGAAGACCAGCUCGGUCUCGCUGGAGACCUCGCAGCCUUUGUUGCAGCUAUGCUCGCUCAUGACCCAGAUGAUCGUCUUAACGGGCCUGAAGUCGAAAAGCAUCCAUUCUUUGACCCAUUGCAUGACCUCUGGGACGAGAUCGCAGCAUUGCAGCAUCCUCCUUUUCCCGAGCACUCCUUGGUGUCCGUGGACGACGACGACACCACCCUCGACUUAACACCCGAAGAUGCACCGGGAGGAGCUGAAUGGAAGCCAAUGCCGGGUACUGUUAGACGCAUGUUCGACGAAGCCGCCGCUCUGUCAGACAUUCCUUGGACGAAUGAGUACGAACCACCAGUGCUCGACGAGGAUGACUCCGAUUAUUACUCUAUGGUGUGCACGGGAAGUUAUCAAGGAGACGACGGGCAAGGUAUUCUUGAGGAUGGCCAUAACAGGGAGGCUUUGGAUAUGGUUAGACUGCAGGCUCCAGGUCCGCUGCAUGGCGAAGAGGACCUCCCAGAAAAAGGAUUCCACGAAAAAUCGUUCCCAGUGGUGCGGAGUGUAGUCCCGAGUCCGCCCGUCACUUGUCUCCCUACACUCUGUCUAUCUGCAGAUCUUGCAUUGCCAGGUGUCAGCGACGUCAUACCUCCCUUGGCACUACUUUGUCAUGAUCCUUCGAGAUCUCAUCUGCCACCUCCGGAUUCAAUGGAUGCACCGCCCAUCGUGGACAUGAUGAUGCUGCCUACUUUGCCAGUUCCCGCUGCCCAUUCCCUUCGUCGACGUUCAGGUGUGCGCAAUCUGCGCAAGGUGUUCAGGACUUCAGCCAAGCCUCAUCGUCGUCCUGCCGCUAAUCCCACUGUCGUGUUUGAUGUUUCCUACCAGGCACCUCAGACGCUGACCUGGGCGUUCGAGCAUCAGAUCACCCUUGCACUAUUGACCACAAUGGACUACCAGCGCACUGUUCGGGCUGCGAUCAAGUGCGUUAGUGACGAAGAUGCCAAGGCCAGGCCUGCCAGUGCUCGGCUCAGUCUCAAAGGCUUCUUCCAUAGAGUCAAGCAGCUGAUUCGCCAUUGA